UUUGUCUCCGGCUGCAGCCGGAGCGCCCGCUCUUCUCUUCAGUACUGCGUCCUCUGCUCCUGGAGGCCCGGCCUCCGUGGCCCGGUUACCCGCAGGUACUGGGAGAUGCACAGCUAAGACGCCGGGAACCCCUGAAGCCUAGAAAUGGGACCACUGACAUUUAGGGAUGUGGCCAUAGAAUUCUCUCUGGAGGAGUGGCAAUGCCUGGACACUGCGCAGCAGAAUUUAUAUAGGCAUGUGAUGUUAGAGAACUACAGAAACCUGGUCUUCCUGGCAGGUAUUGCUGUCUCUAAGCCAGACUUGAUCACUUGUCUGGAGCAAGGAAAAGAGCCCUGGAAUAUGAAGAGACAUGCGAUGGUAGCCAAACCCCCAGUUGUGUGUUCUCAAGACCUUUGGCCAAAGCAGGGCAUAAAAGAGUCUUUACAAAAAGUGAUACUGAGAAGUUAUCGAAAAUGUGGACAUGAGAAUUUACAAUUAAGAAAGGGCUGCAAAAGUGUGGAUGAACAUAAGGUGCACAAAAGAGGUUAUAAUGGACUUAACCAAUGUUUCACAAUUUCCCAGAGCAAAAAAUUUCAAUGUGAUAAAUAUGUGAAAUUCUUUCAUAAAUUCCCAAAUUCAAGUAGACAAAAGAGAAGACAUACUGGAAAGAAACCUCUCAAAUGUUGUAAAGAAUGUGGCAAAUCACGUUGCAUACCUUCACAACUAAUUCAGCAUAAAAAAAUUGCUACUAGAGUGAAUUUCUAUAAAUGUAAGACCGGUGACAAAAUCUUUAACCAGUCCUCAAAUCUUACUAAGCAUAAGAUAAUUCAUACUGAAGUGAAUCCCUACAAGUGUGAAGAAUGUGGCAAAGCUUUUAACCGGUUCUUAACUCUUACUAAACAUAAAAAAAUUCAUACUGAAGAGAAACUUUACAAAUGUGAAGAAUGUGAUAAAGUCUUUAGUGUAUUUUCAGUCCUUACCAAACAUCAGAUAAUUCAUACAGGAACGAAACCCUACAAAUGUGAUGAAUGUGGCAAAGGCUUUAGUCUGUUCUCAACCCUUACGAAACAUAAGAUUAUUCAUACUGGGGAGAAACCCUACAAAUGCAAUGAAUGUGGUAAAGCCUUCAACUGGUCCUCAACUCUUACAAAACAUAAAAGAAUUCAUACUGGAGAGAAACCAUACAAAUGUGAAGAAUGUGGCAAAGCUUUUAACCAGUCUUCAACGCUUACUAGACAUAAGAUAGUUCAUACUGGAGAGAAACCAUACAAAUGUGAAGAAUGUGGUAAAGCCUUUAAACGGUCCACAACUCUUACUAAACAUAAGAGGAUUUAUACUAAGGAGAAACCAUACAAAUGUGAAGAAUGUGGCAAAGCCUUUAGUGUAUUGUCAACCCUUACUAAACAUAAGAUAAUUCAUACUGGAGCAAAACCUUACAAAUGUGAAGAAUGUGGCAGUGCCUUUAGGGCGUUCUCAACCCUUACGGAACAUAAGAGAGUACAUACUGGAGAGAAACCCUACAAAUGUGACGAAUGUAGCAGAGCUUUUAACUGGUCCUCAACUCUUACAAAACAUAAGAGAAUUCAUACUGGAGAAAGACCCUACAAAUGUGAAGAAUGUGGCAAAGCUUUUAACAGAUCCUCAAACCUUACUCGUCAUAAGAAAAUUCAUACUGGAGAGAAACACUACAAACCUAAAAGACGUGAGAGUGCUUUUGACAACACCUCAAACUUUUCUAGACAUAAAAGAAAUCAUACUGUUGAGAAAUCCUAGAAAUGUGAAGACUGUGACAAAGCCUUUAAGCAGUUGUCACACUUGGUUGUAGGUAAGAUAAUUCAUACUGGAGAAGCCAACUACAAGUGUGAUGAAUGUGGCAAAUAUUUAAUUAUCGCACCAUAUUGCACAGGAAAGCAUUUAUACUUGAGAAAAAUUGUAUAAAUACAAAGAAUGUGGAAAAGUCAUUAAUAUCUGCUCACAUCUUAACAUCAGAGAGUUGGUACUUAAUAAAAGCAUUAUCAAUGCAAUUACUGA